CCUCCAUCUCCAAAAAAAAGUAGGAAACGGAAGAGCUUUAUCUUGGAGGAAUCGGAGGAGAGUGAUUUGAGAUCGAAACGUCUGCGCCGUGCAUCCGAGCCACUCUACAAGAGUAUGCCAUGGGUAAACCCCAAAAUUGACUUACUCGAUGUCAUAUCACGCCCGAGUGAAGUCAAAUCCUACUCAACUUUCGAAGGGAAAAUGAUACCGAUAACAGUCAAGAAGCGCAUAUUGAGCUCGGAGUGUGAGCUUAUCAAAAUCGAGGAUGUUCCUGACACAGUGGAGGUCUUAGUCACAGAAGACUGGCGUGAUGGUCUGGAAUUGGCAAAAGCUGGUAAACCUUUUUAUGGAUCUGGGUACAUUGGGGAUGGGUUCUCAAAAAUCGCCAUAUAUGGUCGGGAAGGUGAACAUAGUUUAGCGCUUUGCAUCCCAAAGCAAUCAAAGCACACAGAAAAUGAGGUCAAGUACUACCUGGAAUGUGAGCUUCGUAUCACAGGAUUGGCUCAACAGUUUGCCAUAAGCUUCAUGGACUGUAUGAAUAAGGCUGUUCAAGACCGCACAAUUAGACGCAAUAAUUUCGUUAACAUUCGGUUUAACACCGAUGGAAUGUUCAUAGGGACUCUAGUCGGAAAAGCGCCAUCCAUUUCGUUGGAACCCGUUCUUCCAUAUGACACAUUUCUUGCUACCAAAUUCCUGCCUCACCCACCCCAAUCACGAGGAUUCCAAAAGUUCACUGGAUCCGCUGGUGAUGUUGAGCCAUCACUACGUCCAUCUGAGCAAAACACUAUGGAUGCAUUUCAACAUUAUACCUACAGGAUGUCUGGAGGAAAAUUCUUGAUCACCGACCUUCAAGGUAUCUGGAGUGACUCCGCUGACGUCAGUUGCUGGAUGCUUUUUGAUCCUCAAGGGCACUCAUCCGAGUUCAGGUCGGAUGGCACGAAUUCCGGACUGGGAUAUUUUGAUGAAGGAGUCCGGGCAAUGAAUGACUAUCUCAGCAGACAUAAAUGUAAUAAGAUUUGUACUCUCAUUGGUUUGGAUGCUGACUCGGAAAGCGACGAUGGCAGUGGAAAGAAUGGGCUAGACUCUAGCGCAAAAUUUGGGGAUACCAAUGAAGAGGAUGAGGAUUAGUAGAUACGCAAACUACUUAUGUCAUAUUCAUCCUGUUCCAUAUUUA